GGUAGAGGUUGGGUGCUGAUGUUGAGCGAGCAGGAGGCAAGUCCACGUGGAGGAGUGAGGUGCUGUGUUGAGAGGAGUGGAAGGGAUAAGAGGGGUGGAGGGAUGAGAGAGGAGACGCUCAUUCUGAGAAGGCUUCUCCGGUGAGAUAGCCAUGGGCUGCCUGCACGCUUUGACGCUCUUGCUGUCACUUUGCUCAGCUACAGGUUAUUUACAAACCGGCCAUAGCAAUGGCAGCCACAGAACCAAGACCCACGCGGCCGCGCCGUGCCGCGCCGAGGUGUGGGUGGCCCGGCCCGACACCCCCAGGGAGCAGAGAAGCCCCCUGCGGCCCCGACUCAUCCCGCCGUCUCCGGGCGCCGUGCUGUACGCGGGGAGCGGCUGCUGCCGGCGAACCUUCCCACUCUACCCCGGCGGUGGCGUCGUCCUGGGAGCCGCGCAGUGGCUCGCGUCGCAGGCAAAGUGGCGCCGGGGCAUCAUCCUCCACGACCCCGCUCUGCACUUAUCUGUGGAGGAAGUGGCUAGCUUCCUGGAGAACACCAGCAUGGCCGUGACUCUGAGCACCAUACAGCUGAAGGACACAGGACAGUCUCCCGACCUCCUGGCCCUUGACAACAUGUUCCGGGAGAUUCGCCGCAAGGAGGUCUAUAACAUCGUACUCUACUGUCGCGAUUCCCUCAUCCCCCAUAUUCUCAAUCAGUCUAUCUACUUUGGACUCAUUGCAAUGCCCUACCACUGGGUCGUGCCACUGCAGACGCUGCCACCGAAGUAUCUCAGCCGGUUCGUAGAGACGGGCGUACGGUUCACACUGCUGGAGGUCUCUCUCCAAGAGCCGGGUGGAGCGGCCAAUCCCCCCUCCCGUUCGUCCCCAACGUCUCUCUCCAUCACACCGCUGGACGCGUUGGAGUUUGACGCCCAAACCUUCCUGAAGCAGAUGGAGCGGGAUGGCGUGUGCUCGCCUGCUGGCGUGCUGCAGACGAAGGUUUUGGGCUUCUCCGGCCUUGUCGCCUUUACUCGCGAUGGUACCCGCACCAAUGUCACAAUCGACCUGUUCGAGCUGAGGACAGACGGACCGCACAAGGUUGGAAACUGGUCAACUUCUCGGCAUGAAGCCACCCAACCUCUGCCUAUCACCAACUACUUCUUUGCCAAAAGGAAAGUGCGCGUGCUGGCACCAAAGGUGGCUGGCUUUGUGUGGUACGAAGACGGGAAUGUGUCCAAGGCAUCGGGCUUCCUGGUGGACUUGCUCAACAAGAUUACGGAGAAGCUGGAGUUUGAGACGGAGCUCAUCCCGCCUCCAGCAGCCUGGGAGGACAUGGACAACUCUGUAGCUACUCAGGUGACAAUGAAGGAACGCGUGAAAGGGCAACUGACAGGAUCGCCGGAUGCGACUUCCGUGGAGUUUGCCCUGUUUGGCUAUCCAGUGAUGGACGAUCCUGCCGACAGAGCCAUAGCCUUGUCGGAGAUGGUGUUCGAGAAUGGCUACCACAUCAUCUCCGGCAGCCACGAGCGAGCGGAAGUGCGACUCUUUCAGUUCCUUGAGCCUCUCAACACCUACCUGUGGAUGUCCAUGCUGUCGGCCUGCGCCGGCAUUGGCCUCGCGUUGGCGCUGCUCGCCCGGAUACAUCCGGACGAGUGGCACCACCUGGCCAGACGCGGUCACGCGACCCCCAGUGAAGGUCUCGCCUUCAGCGUCCCCAACAGCCUGUGGUUCGCUUUCUCCAGCAUGGUGAACCAGGGCUCCGGGCCGCUGCCGGCAUCGAUGGCCGGCAAAAUAAUUUCGUACACUUGGUGGUGCUUCGUGCUGGUGGCUUGCUCGACGUACACAGCCAACCUGGCAGCGUUUCUUACGGCCGAGGGCACCAGCGGCGUGCGUUCACUCAGGGAGCUCGCAGACCGCGUGGAUACCAACUACGGCACGUACGGAGGCUACUCCGUGUUCUCCCUGUUGAAGAACGCGUCACGUGAGCCUUAUGUCACCAUUUGGCUCCACGUGUCCAAUGGCACUGUGGCCAGCUCGCCAGAGCUCGGUCUCAAGAGAGUCGAGAACGAGCCAUUCAUCUUCAUCGGCGAGAUGUCAGCCGUUUACACGGCCAAGAAGGAUUACUGCGACAUGACCAUCUCCGACCGCCGCUUCUACCGGCACCGGCUUGCCCUGCCAUUCCGCCGCGACUCGCAGCUCGUGGGCCAGGUGUCCCGUGCGAUCGUGGAGCUGGAGGAGUCCGGCGACCUCGACAAGAUUGAGCGUGUCUGGUUUGCGCAGGAGGCGCAGGAAUGCGUCUCCCAAAUUUCGGGCAAAGACCAGAUAGAGAUGAAUGACUUCCGUGGAAUCUUCAUCUUCCUGGUCUUGGGCAUCGUGGCAGGCUGUGGCAUAGGAGCCGUCGAGUGUCUCUGCUUUCGCAUUAAAGCGGCCCGCCUGCUGGCGAAGCCGCUAGCCACGCAGCUGUAGCCGGGCAUCGCUGUCGGCAAAUUCGACACUCUUCAGCGGCGUUGGCAUUGGCUGUGUCGGUGGGCAUUGUUUUGUACUGCAGGGAAAUUAAUAUUCGUAAAAAAUGUUGUUGGGGGUUUAACUAUUUAAUUCGCAAAAUAUUUCACCCAGAAAACUCCUCCAGAUUGAACAUCUCGUUUGCACAGGUGUCCAGGGUGUCGAUUGGUGCACAAAUAGCUACCACGUAAAGACAAGUGACAAGCAUACAAGCACAGA